CCGGGGCCAGAGCGCCGCCGCCGCUGCCGCUGCUGCUGCAGCUUCUGCUCUGCAGAGAGGGGCCCGGGGCCGGGGUCAGGGAGCCCUCCCUCCCACCUUCUCCCGCCGCUAUGAGCCAGGGAAGUCCGGGGGACUGGGCCCCCCUUGACCCCACCCCCGGACCCCCAGCGCCCCCCAACCCCUUCGUGCAUGAGUUACAUCUCUCCCGCCUCCAGAGGGUUAAGUUCUGCCUCCUGGGGGCACUGCUGGCCCCCAUCCGAGUGCUUCUGGCCUUUAUCGUCCUCUUUCUCCUCUGGCCCUUUGCCUGGCUGCAAGUAGCUGGCCUUACUGAGGAGCAGCUUCAGGAGCCGAUUACAGGAUGGAGGAAGACCGUAUGCCACAAUGGGGUGCUGGGCCUCAGCCGUCUGCUCUUUUUCCUGCUGGGUUUCCUCCGGAUCCGAGUUCGGGGCCAGCGGGCCACUCGCCUUCAAGCCCCUGUCCUGGUUGCCGCCCCCCACUCUACUUUCUUUGACCCCAUUGUUCUGCUGCCCUGUGACUUGCCCAAAGUUGUGUCUCGAGCUGAGAACCUUUCCGUUCCUGUCAUUGGAGCCCUUCUUCGCUUCAACCAAGCCAUCCUAGUAUCCAGGCAUGACCCAGCUUCCCGGCGCAGAGUGGUGGAGGAGGUCCGUAGGCGGGCUACCUCAGGAGGCAAGUGGCCGCAGGUAUUAUUCUUUCCUGAGGGCACCUGUUCCAACAAGAAGGCUCUGCUUAAAUUCAAACCAGGAGCCUUCAUUGCAGGCGUACCUGUGCAGCCUGUCCUCAUCCGCUACCCCAACAGUCUGGACACCACCAGCUGGGCAUGGAGGGGCCCUGGAGUACUCAAAGUCCUCUGGCUCACAGCCUCUCAGCCCUGCAGCAUCGUGGAUGUGGAGUUCCUCCCUGUGUAUCGCCCCAGCCCAGAGGAGAGCAGGGACCCCACCCUCUAUGCCAACAAUGUCCAGAGGGUCAUGGCACAGGCCCUGGGCAUUCCAGCCACUGAGUGCGAGUUUGUAGGGAGCUUACCUGUGAUUGUGGUGGGCCGGCUGAAGGUAGCACUGGAGCCACAGCUAUGGGAACUGGGAAAAGUACUUCGGAAGGCUGGGCUGUCCCCUGGCUGUGCGAACACUGGGGCAGAGCCAGGCCGGAGUCAAAUGAUCAGCCAGGAAGAGUUUGCCAGGCAGCUACAGCUUUCUGACCCCCAGAUGGUGGCUGGUGCCUUUAGCUACUUCCAGCAGGAUGCCAGUGGUUUGGUGGACUUCCGAGAUGUCACGCUCGCCUUGGCAGCUCUGGAUGGGAGCAGGAGCCUAGAGGAGCUGACUUGCCUGGCCUUCGAGGUCAGUUCCAGGAAUUCUCCCUCCACCACCCGCUCCACGGGAAGCUCUUCAGCACCUAUCUGCGCCCUUCCCAGACACCAGACGCCUCCUCCCCAGGCAGCACCCCCGCCCUGGCCAACGGGACUGUGCAGGCCCCCAAGCAGAAGGGUGACUGAGCACUUUGACCUCCCCAGCUCACACUGGCCCACAGACUCAGGGCAGCACCAGGGGCCCACCCUGGGCCUCAAGCCCAGCUCUGUCCUGCUUGAUUUUUUUUGUUAUUAUUAUUGGUUUUUUUAAGUUGGUUUUCAUUUUUCGUUUUAUUUUGUAAGAAACUAUUUUAUAUAUAAAUAUAUAUCUAUAUCUAUUUUAAAAAAAAGGAAGCUCAGUCACACCGAUGGUGUCAUUAGCUGGCAAGGAAAGGGACUGAUGGUUGCAGGCCACCCAUGGGAAGGCCCUAAACGAACAUUCCCAAGGUCGGUCCUCUUGGCCACAGACGGAUGUAUCCUCCUCACUUCCAGACCAACAGGGUGCUCUGCAGAGCAUGCAAAUCUCCUUUUGUCAGACCCUAUAAACACUUUCUUUAACAGGCCUCCUCACGAACCUCUUUUCGGCCUUUUCCCUCUUGUCCUGUCCUCAUUAGAGAUUAAAAAAUAGCUGACUACCAUUCCACAUUUAAUAAAAAUCCUGCUGAGAUGGAUCCACCCCCCCCCCCAAUAGCAGAGGCAGAGAGCCAUGUCAGGAACCAACCCUACCUGCAGAUCAGACCUGCCCACCCACACCCUGCCCCCCUUGGGGGCGGGGGGGGGGGGUCUGCCAUGGGAUGAAAUUGGGGACAUCACAGUCCUUUCUGUCCAGCUUCUUUGCAAGAAAGAAAAAAAGGCCCGCUCAAGGUGCUAUAUCCAGGCACAAUGAUAGUUAGAUUUAGAAAAUAGAUCUCGAUCCCAGAAAUCUGACAGGUUAAAAAGCACUUUGCCAUCUAUGGGCUUUUAAAGGGGAACAGAUAAUGGUAGGAUAGCCAGAGAAGUCCUCCCAGCACCAUGUCCAGGCUUUUGAUGAAAGGGGACUCAAGUGACCACUGGGGACCCUGGCGCUGGGGCUCAUCAAGGGGCCGAGACAAGGCUGAAGGCUGGGAAGGCUUCUGGAUACAUCUAGUCCAAGGCUACCUCACCUCCUUUCUUCUCGGCAUCUUAUCCCAUCUAGCAGCGAAGACGAGUACAAAAGGGCACAUUGAGAACAUUUUCCAACAACAAAA